GUCUUCUUCACGAGCCUCAUUGAUGCUUCCCUCAAUCAUUAUUAACAUUGUGAGAGUUGCCAAUGGGGCUUAUAAAAUAGACAACAUAUCUAACUCUUCAUUAAGUGGAAGAGCAAUAGGAGCCUCUUCUGAUUCCCCCUGUGGAUAAAAUUUAUGUCACACAGGCCCUUCUUAGUGACCCCAAAAAGUAGCUUCUAGCUAGCAAGAAGAAUUAUAAUUAAGUGUUUUUAAGAUGGGGGGCUUUGCUAGCAAGAGGAGGAACAAUUUAAGUGAGAAAGUAGAUGUUGGUGGGUUGAGAGAAAAGGUGAGGAAUAUUCAAGAGGAAAUGAGUGGGAUGGUGUGUGAGAGGAAGAAAGAGAGUGCAGCAUAUGAGAGGGACAUGAUGGUGUUUGCAUUCAAGGAGGCUGAGUGGAAGCAAGAGAAGAAGAAGAUGAGGGAGGAGGUGAAGAUGUUGAGGAAGAUGGUGGACGAGAAGGAGAAGAGAAUUAGAGGGAUUGAGGAUGCAGGGGUAGUUUUGGAAGCUGGGAAUAAUAAGAGUGGUGGGAAGAAGGAGUGGGAAGUGUUGUUGGCUGAGCAAAUGAGGGAGGAGAGAGCAAGAAGAGAUGAGACUGUGGAGAAGUGGAAGCAGCUUUAUCUGGCUAUUAAGAUGGAGCUUGAUGAACUCAUUCAGAGGACACAUUGUGAAAAUGGGCUGUACUGGAGAGCAGAGGAGGAAGACACUGUGGAAGAGCUAAAGAGAGACAUCAAAACCAAAGAAGAAAUGAUUGCAGGCCUAAAAUCCAGAAUAGUUUCUAUGGAGCAUGAACAAUACAAGAAGGAACGAGAGAUUGACAUAUUAAGGCAAAGCUUAAGAAUCAUGAGCAGCAAGAAGACACUGCAGGUCACUAAGAAUGUUUCUCGAGAUUCACAGCCAGUGAAUGUGAAACAGGCUAGAAAAUUGUAAUAUAAUUUUAUUAUCACUACACUGACAGUUUAGUCCCUACUGUGUAUGAAGUAUGAUAUCCAAAGCAUGAGGUGCAGUGGAACAAGUUAAAGAUUAAAAUAAUUUGGCACAACUUGUACGCAAUUACUUUUAGAGCUUAUAGCUACAGUGAUUUUGCUGAGAACAUUUACCUCGUACUUGGGCGAAGUUCGAGGCUCCCUCUUCCUUUGGCCUCGUUUGAAUUAUUGCUAAGAAGCUGCUAAUACAUGUGAUGUAUGGAUCCUAAUCGUUA